AACGUUUUAGUCAUAAAUUAAAAGAGUAAAAAAAACCCAACCCACGUCCGAAACCAACCCAUAUAUUAACAAAAUGUUUGUGUAAAUAUUCAGGUCGGGUCGGUAACCCGAAUAUAUGCGAGAAAAGUUAGUUGGUACAGGCCACAGUGGUCACCCUUAUUCUAUCCUUCCAUUCAUAUAGUAACAGACUUCCAGAAUCCUCCUUCGGUUCCCGGUCUUUCUUCCCUCUCUUUCUCCUUAACUUUAUUCUUCAAACAAUGUGAUGUAAGGAGUCGAUCACAGUUGUAGAAAAUUGAAUAUCCUCCAAAUUCCUCAAUCUAAGUCCUAAUCCAAAACCCUAGGAGUGAGAAUCAAAAUCGUCAGUUCAUGAAAUAAAAAUUCAGAGAUGGAGAUUAGAGAGAGUGACAAUUUUGAUUGUUCUCGAAGGUGAUGGUGCCUUCGUCUUCGAGAAAUUCGGAUCGAACUUCGUCUUCAGCAUCCUCAAAAUCAUCGUCCAUCAUCUCUGAGCUCCAAAAUCACAAUAAUCAUCAACAACUGACCAAAAACAGCAACAAUUUAGGCUCAAUGACAGUCGACAGCUCGCUGAUUGACGCCGAGAUCACUUUAUUGGACGCCGCCGGAGCCGUGACUGCGAUUAGUGAUAACGAGUACAACGGUGGCGGCCGUGGCGGAGGGACGCCAAUGAUUCGGUCGAAUUUUGUGGCGAAGAAGACGGUGGGCGAUGUGUGGAAGGAGAUUGUGGCUGGUCGGAGGGAGCUGAGAGAGUGUAAGAAGGAGGCGCCAGAUGAGGUGACGACAUUGGAGGAAUUUCCGGCGAAGGCCGAGGUGGUGGUGGAGGAUGUGAAGGUGCGCUUGGUGCCGCCGCUGGGAGAGAGGUUGAGCGGAGGUUUUUUGGCAUUUGAUCCCAUGCCUCUGAGUCGGUUUCCAUCGCAGCAGAGUGUUGAUUCAUUUGAAGGGUUUGGGAAUGGAGUGGAAGUGAUUGGAGGAAGAGGGAAGAGGCGAGCUGUUUUGGAGCUGUUGGAUAGAGCUGCACAGCAGAGACAGCGGAGGAUGAUUAAGAACAGAGAGUCUGCAGCCCGGUCAACGUAGUGAAAGCAGGCAUACCAAGUUGAGCUAGAAUAUUUGGCAGUGAAAUUAGAGGAGGAAAAUGAAAAGCUGCUGAAAGAGAAAGCUGAGCGAACCAAGGAAAGGUUUAAGCAGCUCAUUGAAAAAGUGGUUCCAGUUGUGGAGAAGCGAAAGCCACCAUGUGUCCUCUGGAGAGUUGACUCCAUGAACUGGUAGCUACUUAUUCACGGUGAUCUAUGGUAUGGGAUGCAAAACAGAUUCACUGGAAAAGAAGGCAGCAUUUUUUUUCUGGAAAAUUCUUUUUGGUUGAAACAGAUAUUUCCACUGAUGUUUGUUCUCUGCCGCCAGUUAUGGUUCCUGCUACAAAGAAAAUCCAAGUCAUGAAAAUUGCUGUAAUUGAAGACUGGGUGAGAAUUUCUUUUGUGGAAGAGAGCACACACACACAUAUAUUGCAAGUAUUGCAAUACAAGCCUCAUGUCCCCAAAGUGUGGAUGCAACAAUGGGCUUGAGCUCCUAAUACUUGCAUGAUUAGUCCCUUUGAUCUUUUAUAUUUACAUUUAACAUUAAAAACAUAGUAAAUAAAGCCAUUGUCUUUUGGCUCUA